GGCAGGUGUGUCAGCACAUUUGAAAGUGAAAGCUCACUAACGUUUUUGCCCCGUGAGUCCUGUCUGUGGUAACGCCUUGUAGAUUGCUUUUGCUUCCACUACCGUCGCUGUUCAGACACCAGGUUGAAUCAGUUUCGUAUUGUGUGCCCGCCCUGAGUUUUUUACGUCUAUUUUGACGAUCAGGUUGUCGCUGCCCGCCCGUCCUGUCACUGAGUGGGUGUUUCACUCUUUUCUCGGAACCGAUCGAACUCCUUUCCCUUCACGAAAAUGGGUGGCCUCAUGGGAUUUCCGAGGGUUUCCCCUUGUAUUUUGCUCGUUUGUGUGCUGUACUGGGGCUCCCUUUCCAUUCUCUCUGCUCUCGCUGAUGAGCCACUCCCUGCGGCCCCCCCACCGGUGCUGGGCAGAAGGCGGGGGCCUGCGCUCGCACACAAGGGGGGCCGUCCUCGUUUGGUUGCACGCGGCAAGAAGCGCGCUGAACAGAAGAAUGCAGAAGCGGAAAAGCCGGACAACGAGGAGACGUCUGUGUCGCAGUCCAGGACAGAAGCUUCUUUCUUUCUGGAGAACGAAGACGCGUUACCAGGCUCGUUUUUGGGGAUCGUUGAGCACGACGCUGCAGACGUGAACGAGUCUGGCUUUCCCGGGGACGCGGGCACCCGUAAGGCGAAGGUGCCGAUGAAGAAGAACAACAGAGGAAAGCGGCAACGAGGAAACAAGAAGGCGCCCGGCCAAGGAGGCAAGGGGGCGGCGGCGCCAGGCGGACCCCCACAUGACGGACCGCAGGCGGCAGGCGCGUUGCCUCAUCCUGGCCGAUGGGAGGCAAGACCACAAGAUGGUCGACUAGGAAUCGACAAUGCUACCCCUGGAGGUUUGUUUCUCGUGGACGAGCAGGAUCAAUUGGGUAUGGCGAAAGCGCCAGGUGCCAGCGACGCUGUCGUGGUGGAGGAGUCUGCGCUUGGUCGCCCUGCCUCGAAGAGGCGGCCCUUUUUGUCGAGAGACUCAGCCUUGACCCUCGCGCCGCUUCUCCCUCUUGUCACCGCGAUCUUUUGCUUUUUCGCGUACAGAACUUUGUCGCCUAUUGCCAAGCGAAUGGGCAGAGAACGGAGGCGCGCUCGCGGUGCAUAGUAGCUGUCCCGGGGUUUCGUGGAACAGGUCGGUCCGGGCUCCCUUCAGAGAGAUCGUUGAAGUUGGUGACUCGGAACCUAACUGCACGCGGAAACGCAUUUCUUCCAGAACACCCGUGUCCUCCAAGAGUGACACAUGAGCAAAGCAACCCGCCAUCGGGACACAGAACAAGUUACCCUUGAGUCCCGCAUGUUUUGUGUCUGCAUGUCCGUCGCGGCUCCGG